AUGUCGGCUACUGCCACAAGGCGAUCUUUUCUGCUGCCCGAGCUCGUCGCCCUCAUUAUCGCGGCCGGCAGGGACAACGACAGGUUUUUGUACACCUGUCUCUUCGUCAAUCGUCUCUUCUUUCGGGAGUCAUGCAAGCUCAUGUGGCAAGAAUGUAAUACCUAUGGUGUUCUGGUGAAUAUCGGCCAUCUUGUCCAGCUGAGCAAGCGGGAUGAGCAACGAGCGCAGAUAUAUGCCAACUUCAUCCAGGUUCUCGACUUUGACGCACCCGAGGGAUCAGAUGCUUCAAAUCUCGAGGCUGAGUGGCAUGGAGAUCUGGCUUGUCUCCAGUUCCCACUAUUGCGGGAAGUCAUAAUCCGUCGUUUCAACCAUUGCGAUGCCGUUAUCCGGUAUGCGCAACCGACCUUGAGAGUAUUCAGCCUCUGGCCAGCCAGCCAGCUCUCCGAUGCCUUCCUAGACCAGCUUGGCCAACAGUCACCGAGACUGGUUAACCUCUCUCUGGGCCAGUCUACGGACAGCACUGUCACCGAGGCGGGUGUGGUGCGAUUGCUGCGGUCUCUGCGUGCCAUACGGCAUCUCACACUAUCGCCCGAGUUCGAUCAAGUCUGGUCACGAGAGGCCUUUUGCGCCGUUUCGAAAUAUACACACCUAGAAUCAUUGGAUAUACCGGUAAUUCUAGAUGAAUGGAUCGAAGACCUUUCUCCGAUCCGAGGUUUUCAUCAUCUGAAAUACCUCUCUACAAACAUUUCGAAUGAUGCUUUACGUCUUUUAGCUCCAUGUAUACCAAGUCUUGUGCAUGCCCAUAUAGAUUUCCGACCUCCAUGUAUGAGCAUCUCAGAGGUAGCAAAUCUCAAAUCAAUUACUGAUCUUCACCUAUCCUUUCCCCAUGGGAGCAGAUUUAGUGGACAGGCCCUGCUAUCAAUCUCACGAUAUUGCCCAGCGCUUGAGGUAGUCACACUCGCUGAACACAGCGACAAUCAUCCCGAGGCUACGGGUUUGAAUGACAAGUUGGUAGACCAAAUUGCGAUGCAUCUUCGAAACAUCCGGAUUCUCUCCCUGAACAUGGGGACUGAGACACCUUUAACACUCCGUUCGGUUCGUUCGUUGUCCAAGCAUUGUCUAGAACUGAGAAAGCUUGUGCUUUCCUCUUUCUUCAUUAGCUGGGAGGAGGUGGAAGGCAGAGCGGAAGACGAUGUAAUCUCGACGAGAAUGAAGUCCAUGCGCUUGAAGCUGCACGGAGAUCAGCAGUUGCUGCAGUACAACGGAACCCAGGACCGGGUGAAUAGCGAGCAUAUAGAUAAACUGGCCCGAAAUUUCCUAGGCUUCUUUCCGAGCCUUGGGCCGAUUUAUCUCGGUGGCGGGGGAGAUGGCGAGCGGCAAUUUAUGAAGAGGUUUUUUCUGGCUCGACAGAGAUUGAGGGGGAUAAAUUACUUGAGCAUGUAA